AUGGCCGCCGAAGAAGAAGACGACUACAUGACCUUCACCGUCACCGAUCCGCAGCCCACCACAAAAGAAACCUCCAUACAACGCCGCGCGCGCCUGAAACGCGAAGCCGAAGCCCGCAGCCGCCCGAAGCCCCUCUCCGAGCGCCUCACCGACUCCGCCGCCGCGCGCGACGCCGCGCUCUCGACCUCCCUCGACACCUCGAACAAGGGCUUCCAGAUGAUGGCGAAGCUGGGGUACAAGGCCGGCGCCACGCUGGGGAAAUCGUCGGAUGCGCGGGCGGAGCCGCUGGGGGUAGUGGUCAAGGAGGAUAGAGGCGGCAUUGGGCUGGAUAGCGAGAGGAAGAGGAAGUUUAGGGAGGAGGUUGAGGGAGAGGCGAAGAGGGUGAAGGCGGAGGAGGGGGAUUAUAGGGAGAGGUUGAGGGUUGAGAGGGAGGAGAAGCGGAUGGAGGGGCAGGUUGUGGGCGCUAUGAAGGUGGCUGAGAGGUUAGCCGGGGAGGGGACGGAGGAGAAUGGCGAGCAGCGGGAAAGUGAGCAGCGGGAGGAGAAGGCUGCGGAAGGAGAGGAGCAUGAGGCGACGGCGGGGGUGAAGAAGAAGGAGCCUGAGCAUAAGCCGCUGAAGAGUGUCAAUGUGCUGUGGCGCGGUCUGCUUCGGCACCAGCUGGAGAGGGAGCGGGAGAGGCGCAUGCGGUAUGAUCUGCAUCAAAGCCUUUCACGAUUACCAACGUACGAAGAUCCGGACGAGGAUGAAGACGACAAGCGGGCGCUUGGUAAAGACAAAACCGCUGUUUACGAAGAAGAACUCGAGGAGGAGGACCCCGAGCUCGAGGCGUUCAAUGCAUUGCCGGUCGCCCAGCGUCUGGAGAAGCUUGUCCGCCAUUUGCGGAACACGCAUCACUACUGCUUCUGGUGCAAAUACCAAUAUUCAGACGCAGAUAUGGAAGGAUGUCCAGGGAUCACAGAGGAGGAUCAUGACUGA